UCCCCAUUCACCCUCCGAUGAGCCGGCCUUGUCGCUUCUGGUCUAGCGCCGGGAUUUGAUCGAUGGAUGGCGCCCUUCUGCAGGUGGCUGAAGCGGACCGCCGUACGCCCCCGAUCGGUACGAACGCCAAGAUCAAGCUAAGCCUUACAUUUUAGUCUAUUGGGCGUCAUGACAGGAAGUGUGCUGCGUUCUGACGGAUACGCGUAUGACAUUCACCCUGCCUACCGCCCAUAUGGGAAGUAGAUUAUUUUGCCUGUGGAACUUCGAGUCCCUCAACUUUUCCCGGUUUAAUUCCAGGCCAAAGAAAACAUGGCUCGAUCUCCCAUCCUUUUGUUUGCCAUUGCAGGCGUCGUUCUUCUCCUUGUUCGAAACCUCUCCACCCGCAUCUACUAUGCCCGUCUUGCCCGCCGUCAUGGCUGCAAACCAGCAAAGCCUCUGCCACAAGGCGAGCGUAUCCUCGGCUUCUCCCUCUUCAAAGAGCAAAUGAAAGCAGCAAAGGAGGCUCGUCUCCUCCCGUUGAUGGUACAGCGUCAUCGAGACCACGGAAACACGUUCAAAGGCGCCAUCAUGGGCAGGGAGUUCAUCACGACGAUUGAACCGGAGAACAUCAAGGCCAUCCUCAGCACCAAUUUCAAAGACUACAAGCUGGGCCGGGAGGACGCGCUGGGCCCGCUGCUCGGAAAGGGCAUCUUCACCAGCGAUGGUGCCCGGUGGGAACAUUCACGAGCGCUCCUGCGGCCGUCUUUCACGCGCGACCAGAUCUCCGACUUGGAUCUCCUGGAAACCCACGUCUUGCACUUGCUCGCGCUCAUCCCAACGGACGGCACCACGGUAGAUUUGCAACCGCUCUUCUUCCGCCUGACCAUGGACUCUGCUACGCAAUUCCUCUUCGGCGAAUCCGUGUGCUCCCUCUUGGACACCGAGCACAAAGCCGGCAACGCCUUUGCCACGCAAUUCAACUUUGCCCAGAGCGAGGUCGUCAAGCGCUACCGUCUCGGUCCCAUGCGGCGUUUCUACCGCAACAAGCAAUUCGACGAGGCAUGUGACUUCAUCCGCGCCUUCGUCGGGGGCUUCGUCGACAAGGCGCUUGCAUACAAUGCUACGUUCAAGUCCAUCCAAGACGUCGAGCAGAACUCCUCGAGGGGCGAAAAGGAACGCUACGUCUUCCUCCAGGAACUCGCCAAGCAGACUAACGACAAGGAGACACUGACGGACGAGAUCCUGAGCAUCUUGAUGGCGGGCCGCGACACCACGGCUUGCUUGUUGAGCAAUACCUUCCAUGCUCUUGCGCGGCACCCGGAAGUCUGGAGGAAGCUCAAGGCCGAGGUUGCACUGCUUGAAGGAAGGAGGCCUGGGUAUGAGGAGCUGAGGCAGAUGAAAUAUCUAAAGUACAUCAUGAACGAAUCACUCCGCCUCUACCCCGUCGUAGCGGGCAACUCGCGCGUCGCCGUCCGUCCCACCGUCCUCCCCGUAGGCGGCGGACCCGACGGCCGCUCACCCAUCCUCGUACACCAAAAUCAGCCCGUCUCCUUCUUCUCCUACGCCCUGCAUCGCCGCACCGACCUCUUCGGUCCUGAUGCCGAGGAAUUCAAACCUGAGCGGUGGGAGACGCUGCGUCCCGGUUGGACGUGUACGCCGUUUUCGGGCGGGCCGCGCGUUUGCCUUGGGCAGCAGUUUGCGCUUACGGAGGCGGGGUAUACCAUUGUUCGGAUUGUGCAGAUGGUUGGGGGGAGGCUUGAGAGUCGGGAUGAGCAUGCGUGGGCGGAGAAGAUGGGUUUGGCUACGUGUAGUUUUUAUGGGGUUAAGGUGGGGUUUGUGGAGGAGUGAGGUGGAGAUGAAUCUUAUCGCCCGUUUUGGCUCACUGAGUGUCUGCACACCUGUGCUUCGUUGAGGGGAUAUUCAGAUAGAGGCAAAGUACCUUUAGAGGAGACUUGAUUAUACUGGAGCAAUGUUGAAUCGUCU